AUGAAAGAAGGAAUGUGUUCUGGUCUGGUGGCUGAGCAGCCUGUAUUGUUUUCAACAGUUUCUCACCCCAGCAGGGUUUCCGGACAGCCCUACUGUUACCUCCCUGGGUCGGGAAGAUCCUCUGGAGAAGGAAAUGCGACCUGCUCCAGUAUUGUUGCUUGGGAAAUCCCAUGGCCAGAGGAGCCUGGCGGGCUACAGUCCGUGGGGCCACACAGUUGGGCUGAGCAACUGAGCACGCACGCACCAUUACCUCCGGAACCUGAGCACCUCGUCUCUGGCUUCUGGGGUGAAGAGGCAAAGGAGAGGGAGAGGAGAGCUGAGGAACCUACCCAGCCCUUGCCUGAACUAGUCGUCCCCUACUCCAGGGCAGAGCUGGCCCGUUCCACACACCCACGCUGA